AUGUUUUUUUUUUACAAAUUUCAAUGAAAUUUCGCCAAGUUUGUGUCAAAAUCGCCUAGUUUGCAAUAUUUUGUACGGAAUAUCGCCGAGCCCGCGGUGACCUGUGGACCGAUGACCGGGAACGAAGUCGUUCCCAAAGGCCAGUUUAGCGCCGGUUCAUCCCCAGACGGCUUUUUUUCAACGCCCUGGGGACCGAACAGCUGCAGAUGCUCUAAACUCGCAUGUGUCUAUAGCCGGCGCAGCGGAACGCGCCACUCUGUCUAGCAGUAUAUGAUGAACAUAUGGAUGCAGCUAGCCCAUGCCAAGCGACAAGCGUAUGUACGUGAGCCACCAAAAGUAUAAAUAAAUAACACUCGCAAAAGAAGUAAAUUAAUAAAUUCCACACCAAAAAUGCAAUUCAGUUUUUCUCCUGCACGCACGCACCCCCUAUCACCUAUCCCGUCUAUCUAUCUACCUACCUACUCCUGUGGUUCAUAGACAGUCUCGUGCGUGCAUGACAUGUACUCACGCCCCUACUUGCUUCUUGUAGGUCGGCACGCACUACUAUAAAUUUGACGAGAUAGAUGGAUGGAUCGAUAAAUCGAUCGAGGUGUUCUACCUAGCUUAGCUGCUUCCUGUGACCGGCCUUCUUCCCGUCUCCAACCGACUGAUGAUGUCCAAGGCCGCCGCCGGCGAUAAAGGCAAUGGAGCUUCUUCCACCUGCAGCAUGUGCAGGCAGCUGACCAAACUCUUUCCUCUCCACCUGACCAUCGUCCUUCUCCUCGGCGUCGCCACCAACGGUCGGCCGGAGGCGGCGGCGGCGAGGUCGUUCAGCUUCCACAACGCGUGCGAGCACCCGGUGUGGGUGGGCGCUCUCAACGGCGCCACAUCGCCGCGGCUCGCCCGCACCGGCUUCUACCUCGCCCCCGGCGCCACUGACGCCCUCGCCGCCCCGUCCUCCGGCGCCUGGUCCGGCAACUUCUGGGCGCGCACCGGCUGCGCCGUCGACGCCUCCACGGGCCGCCUCGCCUGCGCCACCGCCGACUGUGGCACCGGCGGUGUCUCCUGCGCCGGCCACGGGCCCGCCCCGCCCGUCACGCUCGCUGAGAUCACCCUCGCAGCCCCGGGCGGAGGAGGCCAGGACUUCUACGACGUCAGCCUCGUCGACGGAUUCAACCUGCCCCUCUCCAUCGCGCCCAACAACAAUGGGGACGGCGGUGCCUGCCGCGCCGCAGCGUGCGCGGGCGACGUGAACGCGGUGUGCCCGUCGGACCUGCGUGUGGUGUCCGGCUCCGGCGAGGUGGUGGCGUGCAAGAGCGCGUGCAACGCCUACGGCAGCGCGCGCUACUGCUGCACUGGCGACUACGGCACGCCGGCGAAGUGCGGGCCCACGAACUACUCGCGGGUAUUCAAGGCCGCCUGCCCGGCCGCCUACAGCUACGCCUACGACGACGCCAGCUCCACCUUCACCUGCGCCGGCGCCGCCACCUACCACAUCACCUUCUGUCCCGUCACCUGAUUAAUGGCACACCUAAUUCGUUCAUUAUAUACAGUAAUUAUUACUUUAUCACACGAAGUUUAUUUUCUUCGUGAAAAAGUAUACACAGUAGAAAAAGGAAGUAUAAAUAUGUAUUUUUACUUUGGUGCAA